GGAGACCGGGGACAGAAAAAGAGCAGAGCAAGAAAGGGCAGACUUUCAUUCACCAGAAAGACAUGUGCUCUUCAGGAUAAAGCCACCUACUGUAACAUCGCUAGUGAUCACCGGCUUAAAUGUAAGGAUUUACAAAUAUCUGGAGGACAACUCGGACAUAUUCUGGUGCUCAGGUGGAUCUUGGUACUGCUGCAUAAUGGGUAACAAAGCAACAUCAGUGCACUGUGCCUUAAGAAUCCUGUGCUUCACGCUUCUCCACUUACUUAGUUCAGCACAAGAUGAAGACAUAAGAAGUUGUAGGACCGCCCCUUGUGACUUGGUUUUCAUUUUAGAUGGAUCUUGGAGCGUGGAAGAUAUAAAUUUUGAUAUAGUGAAGCGAUGGCUUGUCAACAUAACCUCCAGCUUUCAGAUUGGACAGAAGUUCACACAGGUCGGUGUAGUUCAGUACAGCGAUGACCCUAUUUUAGAGAUCCCUCUUGGGAAGUACUCCUCCAACAAAGAGGUUCUGAAGGCCAUGGAAGGCAUCGAGUACAUGGGCGGUAACACAAGGACAGGAACAGCCAUCAAAUUUGCCACUGAUAAAUUGUUUGGCCUCUCAGAGCGUGGUCCAGCUGGUAUCUCCAGAAUUGCUGUUGUUCUUACGGAUGGAAAGUCACAAGACGAGGUCCUGAAAGCCGCUGAAGCGGCAAGGAAAAAAGGCGUGAUUCUGUUCGCAAUAGGAGUUGGCUCAGAGACAGAGGAGGCGGAGUUAAGGGACAUCGCUAACAAGCCAUCUUCAACAUAUGUGUUCUCUGUGGAGGACUACAAGGCCAUUUCCAGGAUCAUACAGGUCAUCAGGCAGAAACUGUGUGAAGAGACUGUGUGUCCAAUAAAGAUUCCUGUUGAUUCACGAGAUGAAAAAGGCUUUGAUAUUCUAUUGCAUUUAAAUCUCGCCAAAAAGACAAAGAAGACCCAAGGGGCAUUUUAUGGUUCCAGGGCCUAUGAAGUGACAUCCCGAGUUGACCUCAGUACAGCUACAAGGGAUCUGUUUCCUGAUGGACUACCACCCUCCUAUGUCUUUGUGUCCACACUGAGAUAUAAAGGGUCAGUUACAAUGGAGGAGUGGGACUUGUGGAGGAUCCAGACUCGAGAUGGGAAACCUCAGAUGGCUGUGACCUUAAAUGGAUACGAGCGCACAGUGUCUUUCACAACAACCAGCGAAGCCCCCAGUGGAACUCAGACAGUAACAUUCUCUCAGAAGACCGCCUGGAAGCUGUUUGACGAGAAGUGGCACCAGUUGCGUCUGCUGGUCACCGAGGAGGAUGUGACUCUCUAUGUGGACGAUCUGGAAAUUGAAACCCUCCCCUUAGAGCCUCCGGUUGGCAUCUUCAUCAACGGAAAAACACAAGUCGGAAAAUACGUCCAGAAAGAAACUACCGUGCCAUUUGAAAUUCAGAAGCUUCGGAUCUACUGCGACCCUGAGCAAAACACCAGAGAAACAGCCUGUGAAAUACCUGGAGUUUGCUCCAACAGCCCUGACUAUGCUGAGCCCACUGAAAAGCCUUGUGUCUGUCCUCCCGGCCCACCAGGACUUCCGGGUUCAAAGGGUGAACAAGGAGUAAUGGGUGAUCCGGGUCAGCCUGGACCUGCUGGUGCUGAUGGUAAGCCUGGGGUUCCUGGUGUUAGAGGGAGUCCCGGGCUGCCUGGUCCUCCUGGGCUAGAGGGACCACGUGGGCUUCCGGGGUACAAAGGGGAACCAGGAAGUCCAGGUGUUAUGGGAGAGAGGGGCAUUCCAGGACAACCUGGACAACCCGGAAAACAAGGAGAAAAGGGAUCACAUGGCUCCCCUGGAAUUGCUGGGUUUCCAGGAAAGUCUGGUCAAACGGGAGAAAAAGGAAGUAUGGGACCUCCUGGGCCACCAGGUUACCCGGGGGAAACCGGCCCACCAGGGAGAGAAGGGAAGGAUGGACUUCCAGGAAGACCUGGAGAAAAAGGUCAAGCUGGAAUCAGUGGUAUUCCUGGAUCUGAUGGAAGACAAGGCCAUCCGGGGAUGCCCGGUUUGCCCGGAAAUGCUGGUCUGAAUGGACAAAAGGGAGAAGCUGGUUCUCCUGGUCCCAGGGGUUUUCAAGGAUUAGUUGGAUCACCGGGUGAAAUGGGGUCACCUGGUCCACCUGGUUUACAAGGACAAAUGGGACACAAGGGGAAUAAGGGUGAAAAUGGAACUCCAGGGAUUCAAGGUGUCCCAGGACCAGUGGGGAGUGCAGGUGCCCCAGGAAGACCAGGUGAACCAGGUCACCCAGGCAUGCAUGGACUAAAGGGCAGCAAGGGACAAAGGGGGAAUUCUGGCGAAAGAGGUGAAAUGGGAAUAAAAGGUGAAAAAGGUGACCAUGGACCACCAGGCAGUCAUGGCUCGACUGGUCCAGUGGGAGCCAAAGGAGAACGUGGGGCACCAGGAGAGCCAGGGCAGCGAGGUCUUGAUGGUCAGGUGGGACAUCCCGGCCAGCCCGGGCAGACAGGGACGCCUGGCCCCCGGGGCAUGCAGGGGGAAACAGGACCCCAAGGACCACCAGGCCCAGCAGCACGAGUUGUCAAUGAGUUGUCAGAAUCACAUAUUCGCCAAAUUUGCAGAGACAUUCUUCAAUCGGAACUGCCCCGGCUUUUGAUAAGUAACCAACAAAGUAGCUGCUCUUCCUGCUAUAGCCAGCCUGGCUCUCCAGGUCCACCAGGACCAAUAGGGCCUCAGGGACUGAGGGGUCUCCCAGGGUUCAGCGGUGCAAGGGGGCAGCCAGGACAUCCGGGUAGGCCGGGACACCCAGGGGUCAGUGGUCUUAAAGGAGAACCAGGGUUCAAAGGUGAAAAGGGCAGUGCUGGUCGAACAACUGUUGGAGACCCGGGUGAACCUGGACCUACAGGCCCAAUGGGUCCCCCAGGUUAUGGCAAAGCAGGUGCUCCAGGAAAGCCUGGACCUCCUGGACUAAAUGGAGCCGAGGGUAAAAGUGGAAGCCCUGGUGUCCCAGGCCAGCCCGGUGUGUGUGACCCCUCUAUGUGCUAUGGAAGCAUGAUGAGGAGAGAUCCUUACAGCAAAGGGCCCAACUAUUGACAUAGUCAUCCCAGUGCAGGCACCAGGUGAAGAGGUACAGCCUUCUCAGGAAGAACCCAAACUUUCACCUCCUCCAGUGGCUACAUAGUAAAUACAACUUGGUUUGGGGGUUAAUGCUGUUAGGUUUCAUUUUAUUUAAUACAAGUGUUCAUAAACUAGUCAUAAUAAUGAUGUGUUUAAGGACACUGCACCGGUGCUACUCUGUCACUACAGCAGUAGUAGAGUUUUUAAACAGGUUAAGCCAUACUGUCAUAUUGUACUAUUACGUCUUCAGAAAACUGUGAUUCGUGGCCAUGGGGCAGGAUCUGUGUGGCAUGUUGGACGUGCUGUGCCCAUUGUCUCAUCUGAAACUGUUUAGGACAGUGUUACUUAAAUAGGACAUUAUUCCAUUAAGAAGGACAAUGUUUAGGGUUUUUCAUAUGAACACCCAGAAAAUAAGUUUACAAUUGUGUCAUGUUGUAUUUGAGUAAUGGUAGCAGGUAUUUUAUUGUUAUUUAUAAAUAAGUCUAUGUUACUGUGUAUCAGGUUUAAAACCAACUA